AUGUUAGUUUACAGUGCAACAAAUGCAAAUCAAAAAGAGAAAUAUGAAGCAGAUCUCAAAAAGGAAAUUAAAAAGCUUCAGAGGUUACGAGACCAAAUCAAGACUUGGUUAACAUCAAGUGAUAUAAAAGAUAAAAGAAGCUUACAGGAUGCUAGGAAACUCAUUGAAACUCAAAUGGAGAGGUUUAAAGUGGUUGAAAGAGAAACAAAAACGAAAGCAUAUUCAAAAGAGGGUUUGGGUGCAGCACAAAAACUAGAUCCUGCCCAAAAGGAGAGAGAUGAAAUUACUUGUUGGCUUACUUCUUGUAUAGAAUGUUUAAACAUACAAGUGGAUAAGUUUGAAUCUGAGAUAGACACCAUCAAUUUUAGCUUAAAAAAGAAGAAGAAUGAUAAAGAGAAGUUGGAUCGACUGGAUGAAUUAAAAGUUCGGAAUGGGAAACAUAAAUUUCAUAUCAAUCAACUUGAAACACUUUUGAGGAUGCUAGACAAUGGAACUGUAGAAGUAGAUCAGAUCAAAAAGAUAAAAGAUGAUGUGGAAUAUUACAGAGACUGUUCACAAGAUCCUGAUUUUCAAGAAAAUGAAUUCAUUUAUGAUGAUUUGAACUUAGAAGACCUGGAUGAUUAUUUAGCAAAACAGCAAGCAGCAUAUCAGCAAACUCAACUUGAUUUAAAGAAUGCGUUGCUAGAUGAAGAAAGCUCAGCUGCUCUAUCAAAUACUCCUACAUCCACCUGCUCUAACUCACCAAGUCACAGUCCAUGUUUAGGAAACCAUACUUUGAUCGAAAACUCUGUUGCAAAUUCAAAUCCAGAUUCCAGUUCUACUAUUCAGAAACCUGCCUCUCCUACUAAUACAAUCAGUGUGUCAUCAGAUAAUAGUAGUCCACUUUUUCCUCACUCAAAUUUCCAUAACAGUCAACCUGUGAUAAAUUCUCAAGCAUCUUCAACACCAUAUGCAACUGCUGCCGCUGGAAUGCCCAAUAACCAUUACAAAAUGUCCAAUAAUCAUGAAAACGCUUGGUCAUCUUCAAACUCUGUUGAUGAAGAAUUUGCUAAUGAUGUAAAUACAAAAACUUUUCAUUGUUCCAAUUCAACAUCCGAUGUAACGCAUAACAAUACCAGCCAUUCAUCUAAAUCAUCUGCACCUGUAAGUAAUUCUUGGACUGAUUCCAACUAUCGAUAUAGAUUUCAAGAUGGGGAGUCUUCUUCAGAAUUGUCAUGUGAAAAUGGUGAUCAACCAGUGUUUAGUAACAGUGAUAGUCAGCUGCAUUCUGUUUCUAGUGUUCGGAAAAGUGCAAAUUCCUCUUUAAACUGCCAAAAUGAUUCAUCAAGGUCAUCAUUUGGUUCAUCAACAACAUUAAAUGCUUCGUCAAAUUCUGUGAUCUUGGAUGAUGCACAAUCCACUUUAAAAAACCUUGCUGAGAGAGCUGUUUUAAAUUCUGGUAUCAAUAAUCACAUUCAUAAUCUGCAGUUUUCAGCUAUACAAAGCAAAGGCACUCAAAUAACGCACAAUGUUUUAGGAAACAAUGUUAAUGAUGUGUACAAUGAUACUUCCUUGCCAUCUUCAUCUAACUUAUCACCUACAAUAUGUUCUGAAAUUAAUAUAUCUCAAAUAUUUGGUGAAAUACCUCAAAAUUAUUUUUCUCCUGAGCAUGCUCAGAGUUUACGUAUCCUGGAUUCAGCCUAUAAGCAUUUACCCCUUCCAAUGGAUUCUCAAAAACACAGGUAUCAAAGUCCUGGUUGCCCGGCAACAACACCUGAUUAUUAUCCGACAAAUGUGUCUAAUAGCAACUCCAUGGAAUUUUUUCAGCGAUUAUCUACUGAAACAUUAUUUUUUAUAUUUUAUUUUCUCCAGGGUACAAAAGCUCAAUAUUUAGCAGCAAGAGCGUUGAAAACAAAAUCUUGGCGUUUUCAUACUAUGUUUAUGAUGUGGUUUCAAAGGCAUGAGGAGCCAAAAACAAUUACUGAUGAAUAUGAACAGGGAACAUAUAUUUAUUUUGACUUUGAAAAAUGGGCACAAAGGAAGAAAGAAGGUUUUACUUUUGAGUACAAGUAUUUAGAAGAUAGAGAUUUAAAUUGAAGAAAAUCAUUCAAAUGCUUAGUUAAUGGAAUCGAAUCAUUGACUUCUUAACUAAUUUUUACAAAUUCAAGAGUUUUUAAGGUCUCAAAAAAAUCUGUAAAUACAGGACUAUUUUUGGCCUGGGUGUUGUUGAUUGUAAAGUAAACUUAUGUUCAAUGAAAAUAAGAAACAAAACAAUAAUAUAUUGAUAACUUGUUAAGAAUCGAGGUUUUGCACUAGGAAUGAAACGUUUUAAUGUUGAAUCUGUGCAUGCUGGCAGCUAAAUGUCCUUUGAAAUGACUUGCCCAAGAUUCAACGUUGGAAUCAUCAAGUACUAACUUUUACAAUUUGCAAAGUCUCAUGUCAUUUUUACGUCUUCUUUUUUAGUAAUGAAGAGGUUUUGAUAGAAUCUAAUUUUAAGUCUCAUAUAUGUCGUAACAUAUCGUUUACCCACAAAAAGCAUUUUGAUGGAUGAUAGUCUGAAAAGUAAACAUGUUAAAAUUCUUUGAAACUAAUAUUCUGUAAUGCUUAUGCACAAUUGUUGUGUUUCUUAAUGAUCUCAAUCCCAUCAAGAGUUUUUAAAAUUGCAAAAAUUUAACACUAAAUGUAACAAAUAUCAACUUAAUUCAUAAAUUAUGUUUAACAUUUUAAAUAAUUUAAAGUAAACAAGUUGAUUUAGAUUAACUCUUACUCUUUAAUGUUUAAAACACUUUCAUUGAUUUUUUAAAUAUUACAUGGUUUAAAAAAAUAAUACUAUGAAUGUUAUAUUUUUUCAAGGGGAAGUGAUUUUUUUUUUUUUAAGCUUAAUUUUCAAUUUAAACCACUGUUAUAGUUUAACCAUUUAAAUGCCAUGAGGUUCUUAAGCUAGUACCCCUUGCCAGUCUGUGGUGUUUGACAUAUGAUGCAAAUGGGAAGCCACAGAAUUUUUUUUUUUUUUUUUUAAUUUUUUCCCUUAACAAAAUUAGUGUAACUCUUGUUAAAACUUUUUCCUUUUUGGCCCAUCAUUUGUACUAGAAGCAUUUUGGUCUUAGGAGUCAGGGUGUAUAACAGAAUUGUCAGGCUUUUUAACCUUAGAUUUAUCUAGAAUUUGCUUACUUUCAAAAAAAUUGUCAGUUCUGAGGCUAAAGAAUUAAGUGGGGUCAACGUUGAAACCUAUAUUUUGAGCACAAUAUUUUACUGGUACAAAUGUUAAUUCACUCUGGUCCCAAUAUUUUUUUUCCUCCAAUUCCAAAUUUGAAAAUAAAGAAUGCCUUUGUAAUUAUUGUGCUUUUUAUGAAAAAGAAACUCAAACUGCCAGUACUCUUUUCUAUGAAACACAGGGUAUCAACUAAAUGUUUAAAUCUGCACGUUGUAGCUGCCCUGCAGGGAUUAAUUUUGUAUAUAAAAAAAGCUUGCUCAUGACGUCUAAGAUACAUGUUGUUAAUAUUCAUCAUGUUACUUAAAAUAUUCACAUCAUUUUAAUAUUAUGAAACUGUUAUAAGAAAAGAGUGAGUGCUAUUAAUAUUAUAAAAAAAUAAAUAAAGAUUUAUUAUUCAUGUCUUGUAAAAAGGAAAAUACCCAAACUUAUGUUUUUGUUAUGUUUAACAUUAAUGUGUAAAGCAUUUAACACUAUUCAAUAUGGUUGUUAAAAUGAGCAUAAUGCUGUUCAAACUAUUCUUGCAACUUUAAAACUGGAAAAGGUUUUUUUUCUUUUUAAAUGACAAAAUGAUAUAUUACUUUUGCAAACUGUUUCAACCUAGAGCAAAACAGAACAUUGUUUUCAUUGUAUUUGUACAGGCGCACAUUAUUCUUAUUUUUGUACAGAAAAACAUUUGUUUUUUGCCAAGUCUUCCUGGUGGAUCUGAUGAAAUCUGAUUUUACCCACUUGGCUUUUGUAAAUAUUGAUGAAUUAUAAUGACAGCCAAGGCUUUAUAAGUUCUGUCAGAGAAAUAAAAACUCGUGAAGCUUAA